AUCAGGACUAAGGCGACUCAGAAAGUAUAAUUCCCCUGGUGCCGAAAUCUUGUGGGAAGCCAAGUUAGUUUCACGAUAAAAUAAAUAUACUUGAGUGGUCGCAUCUGUUCUGCCAAAGAAUGACCUCUAUCGUCGCGGACCUUUGCCCUUCGUGAUGGGUUCCAACAUAACCAACCCUUCCGGACUGGCCCUGGAAAGGGGCAUGUGGGCUGCAGUUGCAGUAGCAACCUUUAUUCUCAUUCUUCGAAUCAUUGCGAAGAUCAAGAUUCGCAACUUUCGCAUUGACGAUGUGUUGAUGAUCAUAGCCUGGGCACUGACACUCGCAUCCACGGUCAUCCUGACGCUUUCUGUCCAAAAUGGCUUCGGCACGAAUCUCACCAAACUCCCGUUCCAUUACACCUCGAAGGUGCUGAAAUACAUCUCCUUCGAGGUACUCCUUGUCACCCUCAGCACCGGCAUCGCCCGCUCAUCAUUUGUCCUCUACCUGUUGGCUAUCCUCGGUGGAAAGAAAAAGUAUUGUGUCGCAUUAUGGAUUGUCAUGUUGCUGCAGCUCAGCGCCAACAUCGUUUCUGCGGUGCUGCCACUUUCCAUCUGCCGCAACGCUCGGGUUCUUUGGGAUCCGACCGUGAAGACAACAUGUGGUAGUAGUGUCGCGGUGGUCAACUUCUCUUACUUUUCGUCAACCGUCAACUCUGCUACUGAUCUCUUCCUCGCGGUGUUUCCCACGAUUAUUUUUUGGAACUUAAACUUGAAGCUGCGGAUCAAAAUCAGUUUGAUUAUCCUGCUUAGUCUCGGAAUAGUUGCUAUGGUCGCCUCGAUCAUCAAGACCACCAAACUCAAGGAAGUCCCCAGCAUCACCAACCUCGGUGCCGGCGGUGCGGUCGAGCUGAUUCGCUGGGGGUUUUCGGAGAAUCUGAUCAUUAUCAUCACCUCCUCCGUGCCCUGCAUCCGACCUCUGCUUAUCUCGUCUGUGAGAAAGCUUUCAAGUGCGGCGCGUUCUCGCUCCUACGAACUCAGUGGUCCGCUCUCCGGCCAGAAAGGAACCGCGAAGAACGGCACCUUUCAGUCUCAUGCGCAGGAGCAACCCAGUACGGACAACCGCGAUGACUGCGACAGUAUCGAGCAGAUCCUUAAGGAUAGCUACCAUUCGGGGUCGAUGGUGGAGUCCGGGCGGGGGAUUAAGAAGCAGGUUGAGAUCUCGGUGGUGUCCAACCAAAAGGGCAGCCGCUGGGGUAGUGACCGGACUAGCCGCUCAUAGCGCACAUGUUUCUUUUGUUUGUUUCUAUACUACCUCUACUACUAUCUGUCUCACUCUAGACAGCCAAACGCAUGCUCACGAGUUACGCCAACUUGUCCUGCUAUUUAAUGCCAUAUAAUGAGUUCAG